AUGGGCCACGAGCCGACAUACGUUGUCACCGAUCAAGACGCAUCUUUACGUGUAGCUGUGCCAAGGGUUUUCACAUCUGCACGACAUCGAUUUUGUAUGUGGCAUAUUAUGACGAAGGUUGGUGACAAGGUUCGGGCAGUGCUUGCCAAUGAUCAGCCUUUCCGUAGGGAUCUUAAUGCUAUUGUGUGGGAUGAGUGUAUAACGAUUGAGCAGUUUGAGUCUAAAUGGAUUCAACUUAUGGAGGUGCAUGGCCUUGGUGCGAUUGAUACUCAAAGGCAUAAGCAGGCUAAGCUCGAUGUUGCAUGUGAGGGGUAUUUGCCCGUGGUUAAGACGCCUUUGCCUAUUGAGCGUUAUGCUGCUUCUAUUUAUACCAUUACUAUUUUCUAUGACGUACAAGCAGAGAUUGUUGUUGGUUGCUUUGAGUGCCGUGUUUUCUCAGUUUCGAUGGAUGGUGAUGUAAAACGCGUUGAAGUAGAGGGGGCAAAUGGUGUUGUGUGUGUUGUUGUCUUUCAUAUGUCGGAAACUACUGCUUCUUGUUCUUGUCGGAUGUUUGAGCGUGUUGGGUUGCUUUGUAGGCAUAUUUUUCUUGUUUUCAAGGAUGCUCAUGUGGACUCCAUUCCGGACUGCUACAUUGUCUCUCGGUGGACACGUGAUGCGUACAAACGUCCGAUUUAUGAUAUAGAUGGUGUGCACGAUGAGUUUGCUUUCCGUGGGAACUCCAGAAAGGGCGCCAUGAAGGAGGUUUGGAAUGACUUUUAUAGUUGCGUUGCACUUGCUGGGGAUAAUUCGGAUCGUGUAUCGGAGUUGUCUCGUAUUUUGAGGGAGUUGAAACUGUCAUUUGUGGGUGCGGACAGUACUUUGGGUUCAUCGGUGGGUAAGUCUGGGGUUAUUCGUUUCUUUGGUGGUGUGCUUGCGUCUUCAGAGAUUGUUGUCCAACCUCCUACUGUUGCUAAGAAUAAGGGAUCUUGGAAGCGGUACAAAAUUUCAAAAGAGCUUGCUAUGGAGAAAGCUGCGCAGUUUACUCGCGAGUGCGCUACAUGUCAUAAAUGCAAUGGCCAUGACAGCCGUAACUGCCCAUUAAAUCCUAAAUCUAAGUCAAAUGUCCAAGCAAAGUUGAAGGCGAAGGCAAAGUCCAAGGCCAAGGCGUAG